AUGCGUUGUAUAUUGGGCAAAGAUUCUCAUGCAGAGGAUGCCACACAUGAAACUGGGGAACGACUUCUUGCGGAUGAAGAAGGUACUCUCUGGAGCAGAAAGAAAACCGCAGCACCCACAUGUACCAGCGUGGCCACAGGCCUCUUUCAGGCAAGUGCACUUGUUCUGGUCUUCCUAAUCGGGACUCUGUUUGGCCUUCACUGGCCUGGUGACUUGAAUAGUCUUUGCAGUCGGCAUGUUUCUCAAUAUUCAACGGUCAUGAAGGAAGUUGGACUUCAAUAUAGCCUACGACAAUUUAAUGGCUCUCUCCUGAAAGAGAAUGUUUUCCGACAAGAUGCUGGCGCAGAUGUUGAUGCGGCGUGGGAGUCCUUGGGCGUCAACUACCGCAGUGUUCGGAUACCACCAGAAGACGCUGAACAAUCUGGACUUGCUGCUGACCAAGUGAAGAUCAAUGCAAAGUAUGGGGGAGGAUUUCCUGCCAAUGUUGAGGGCUUGCACCAUCUUCACUGUCUAAACCUUCUUCGCCAGUCACUCUACUAUAACUAUGAUUAUUACCACGCGAAGGGGGAAGGGCCCUUCAUGAACAAUGACUAUAUCAUCCGUCGCCACGUGUCACAUUGCCUCGAUAUUAUUCGUCAAGAGCUCAUGUGUACUGUUGACACUGGUGUGCUGGGUCAAGUCUGGAUUUACCCCGAAAACCCGGAGCCCUAUGUUGACUUCAACACUCAACAUCGAUGUAAGAACUUCGAUGAUGUCCGUCGCUGGGCUGAAGAGAAUCAGCUGCCUCAAGAUCCCCCCGCGGACUUUUUGGAGCCACCAUCUGAGGGGGACCGAAUCUAUAGCCAAAUGCCAUGA